AUGUCUCAUAACGAAACUGUGUCGUCGAGUUCCAUCACGAGAGGUUCUCGUUAUCUAAAUCCGGAAAAAUUUUCAACGGAUCCAAGUACGCCCGGUGCAGAGCUCCAAUGGAGUCAUUGGCUGCAUACAUUCCAAAACUUCAUAUCAGAAGAGAUAAGUAAUGCUAGUCCUGACUUAAAAUUAAAGCUACUUAUCAACUAUUUGGCGCCUGGAGUCUUUGCUAUAAUAAAAGGAUGUGCCAGUUAUGACGAAGCAAUAGAAUUACUUAAAAAAUCAUACGAGAAACCUCGGAAUCGUAUUCUGGCUCGGCACAUCCUCUCAACAAGACAGCAAAAGCCUGAGGAAUCUAUACGUGAUUAUGUUCGUGCCUUGAAACUGUUAGCCCAAGAUUGUGAUUUUCACGCUGUGACUGCCGAACAAAAUCAAAACGAUUUCAUGUGUAUUGCAUUCAUAUCGGGUAUCAACUCUCAAAGAAUCCGUCAAAGACUGUUGGAAAAUUUGACAUUGUCAUUCGAUGACGCACAGAACCAGGCACUGACACUUGAAACCGCCGAAAAAAGUUUGCACUCUUUCUCAAUUUCAUCUAAUCCGACCUCAUUGCUUAACGCUAUACCGGUUCAACCAGAACAAGAAAAGGAGGUCGAUGAUAAUUUAGCCGCUGUUAAUUUCGGUCAUAAAAAACGUCGAUGUUUUUUUGCGGUGGUAAUGUACAUCAACGUAUAA